GCCCCUCCUCUCUCUUUCUCCGUCCUAUAAAAUGAUGCCCUAACUGGCCAAACCCUAAUUCGCACCCUCUCUAUGUGCUGUCAUCUCUCGCUCUCUUUCUCUCUCUCUGCCCUAGAGCCCCAGAUCUCGCUCUCUCUCUAGACCCGUUCUGCUCCAUAACCUCAUCCCUUCUCUCUCUACAGUCUCAGAGGAAGCAAGCAAUGGGGAAGAAGCGAAAGACCGAGAUCAAAACCGAGGUCGAGGUGGAGGUCGAGGCCGAGGCCGAGGCCAACAACGACGAAGCCAUGUUCGAUGAAGAGAUCGAAGGCCAGCAACAAGAGCCGGAGAACCAGAACGAGGAGGCACCAGAAGAACCAGCAAACAUAAACAAUCAUGAAGAGGAGGAGGAAGAAGAGGAGGAAACCGAUUCCGAGUCCCUCACCAGGCUCCUCGAACCCUUCUCGAAAGACCAGCUCAUCGAGCUCCUCCGCCAAGCUGCUCUCCAGCAUUCCGACGUCUUUGAUUCGAUCAACAAAGUUGCGGAUGUUGAUCCCGCUCACAGGAAGAUAUUUGUUCACGGCCUUGGAUGGGACACUACCGCUGAAAUCCUGAUUUCCACCUUCAAGAAGUACGGAGAAAUUGAGGAUUGCAACGCAGUUGCAGACAAGCACUCUGGUAAAUCGAAGGGCUAUGGUUUCAUUCUCUUCAAGCAUCGAUCUGGAGCUCGAAAAGCCCUUAAGCAGCCACAGAAGAGGAUUGGUAAUCGAAUGACUGCUUGUCAACUGGCCUCUGCUGGUCCGGUUCCUCAACAACCCCCUGUCUCUGAAUAUACGAUGCGAAAAAUCUAUGUAAGCAAUGUGUCUUCUGAUAUUGAUCCUCAAAGGCUUUAUACCUUCUUCUCAAAGUAUGGAGAGAUCGAAGAAGGCCCGUUAGGGUUGGAUAAGCAAACUGGUAAGCCAAGGGGGUUCAGUCUCUUUGUCUACAAAUCCCUGGAAAGCGCGAGAAAAGCCCUAGAAGACCCACAUAAGAACUUUGAAGGCCACAUUCUCCACUGCCAAAAGGCCAUCGAUGGGCCGAAGCCAAACAAACCAACCCACCACGCAGGUCAAGCCCACCAUCACCCCCACCACCAAAACCAACAUCAUAACCCACACUAUCCCCAACACCACGCCGAUAACAUGCAGAUGAUGAACCAAGUACCAGCUCACGGUGCAAGCCAUGGUGGGCUCAUGGCACCAAGCCAAGGCUCGAUGCCAUUUAACCAGGCAGCUGGUGGCCUCAACCCAGCUCUGGGUCAAGCCCUAAAUGCCCUGUUAGCCUCACAAGGUGCAGGGUUUGGGCUCCAAAAUGUUCUUGCUAGUCUUAACCCAAUGGCUGCUGCUGCCGCAUUGAACCAAACUGGGUUGUCACCCAAUGUGAACCAAAGUGUUCCGGCUGCUGGUUCGAUGGUGAACAAUGCAAGCCAUGGGGCUGGAAUGGGGGGAUAUGGGGGUCAGGGUGGCAUGGGCAGUGGGAAUAUGAUGGGUGGCUAUGGGUCUCAGGGAGCAGUUCAAGGGGUCGGCGUUGGUGGGUAUCAGAAUGCUCAGAUGGGUCAGCCAGGUUCUGGAGUGAGGGCUCAGCAGGGAGUCGGAGCGAUGGGGGGUGUUACGCCUUAUAUUGGUCAUUAGUUUGCUGUUCCACCUGCAAAUUGGAGUAACUAUGGCACCCCAGAUGUUAUGGCUUUAUAAGAAAAUACUGCUUGGUUUCAAUGAGCAUGUGGGGGAAUUUCUCAUACAACUGCGUAGUUUUAUUGCUUCGUUGAUAAGCAUUUCACUGCAGAGGGCAGAGGAUGGUUAUGGAUCUGAGGUCCCUGUUGAAGAUCAUAUCUUGGUUGAGUAAGGUACGUAACUGAUUGUAGAUACUACAAACUAAUAUUUUAUAAAUAUUGGCCAUAAAGUACGUGUUAAUAACUGGUAAAUGUUAGUAUUUAAGUGGUAGUUAAUUUAUAGUUAAUAAAGGAUCUUCACUAUUUUCUACUUCCCAAAGGGGUUUUAUGUCAUUUGUCAAAGGAACUUCUAUCCAAGUCAUUUUCAUAUCAUUACAGAGUUUUGUUUGGGACGGUAUUUGAGGAAUGAGGUUUCUGAACUUGGUUUGAGUUUUUGAGAGAUAUUUCUUGAUUACAACUGAAACUCGUAUUCGAACUUCACAUCGGUUCCUUCUCUUAACAAUUUUCUUACCCUUAUUUGGAGCGGUGUCGAUGUCACAAUCUUCAGAGAAUUGGAACCUGUCUUCUGGAUAGUUUGAUAUAGUAUGAAUGACCAAUUACUGAUUUGGAAUAUUUGCAAAGCUGGGCAAGUUUUUGUGAGUUUGAAAUGGCGGUUUUGAGGAAUUGGUUCCCAGUCUUUGCGGAUAUGGUGUUCCAAGGAUUUGAUUCUGGUUUGGCAUUUUUGAAAGCUGGAUAUGUUCUUAUGAGUGGGAAAAAUAUUAUUUUCAAUUGACAAGACAGGUCUCGAAUGAUCAAUUGCUGAUUCUAAAAUCGGUCAUUUGUGCAUUGUAUUUUAGGCAACCCAAAUCUUUAUAUUUUGUGGCCUUUAACAUGUGUUGGACAACACAUCUUUGGUGAGAGAUACAUGACAUGAAUAAGCUUCUCUUUUUGUUUGUGGAGCAUUAUUUGGUAGAGGAAGCUAGAUGAUCUGAUCAAGUCACCAAUGGUUCUUCGUAACUGCGUCGAAGCGGAACUGCUAUCUGUCGACAUCUGAUGUGGGUGGUCCAAGGUAAUGAUCUUCUGUAGUAUACUUGCUUCUAGUUACUCUUAUCGUUUUUUUUUUUUGAAUCUGCACAUUCUUUUCCAAAGUCGUCGGUGUUGUACAGGUUUUGAACCAAAAUUUGUGUCUUUGUAGGUUAUAUUAAUUCUUAUCCUGAACCUUUUUUGUCCAUGUGGUUUCUCCGGCGAACUUUCUAGUACUUGUACUGCAUCAAGUAAUUAAGAAUAUUUCCUAUGCAUUGUAGGAAAAUCAUACUCCAAUUUAGGGUCAUAACUGUCUCCGGCUAACUUUCUAAUACUUGUACUGCAUCAAGUAAUUGUUGAAUAUCCCUAUGCACUGUAGGAAAAUCAUACUCCAAUGUAGGGUCAUAACUGUCCAUUGGAAUAACGGGUAGUGAUAGGAACAGGGGCCUACCAGAAAUGGAUGUGUCCACAAUAUUGGAUGUCAUGCUCUCCAUUACUGUUCUUUUCAUUGGAGGGUGAUGACUCCAAUUGGGUAAUCCUGUGUUAUAGGCCAGUGGAAUAUAAUAUAUAUUGAGUUUUACACAAUAUAAUGCUGUUCUGGUAAUGGGAUUCACCUGUUACGUCACUAUCUGUCAUUCAUUGGAUGGUGAUGAUCCUACUAAAUUUAUUUCUCAAGUCCAAAAGGCCAAACCAUAGUCCUCUCGAUCACAGUGAACAUCACCUUUUAUUACCAAAGCUUCAGUUUGCAUCCUUCCCUUAUCCUUUGUUCCUGAAAAUGUUGAAAAUACAUUUUUUUGAGAUUUGGAAUUUCAAACAUUUCCUCCACCUUUUAUUACCAAAGCUUCAGUUUGCUUCCUUCCCUUAUCCUUUGUUCCUGAAAAUGUUGAAAAUACAUUUUUGAGAUUUGGAAUUUCAAACAUUUCCUCGUUCAACAGUUCAGUGUCUUGGUUUUCUUCCACUCCGUUGAAGGUCUUCUUCUUCACAGCUUCAAAGAAGAGAUUGUCGAGUCGGUAGUGUCGUUUUCUGUAUGUUUUUUAGAUAAAUUAUGUCAUCAUUUUCAUUCUUGAGGAACUCUGGCCUUGAGUGUUCAUUAUUGGGUCCUUACCUGUCUGAUUAGAAAAUGCAUAAUAACAUGACUCAGUCCAGGUCCUCCUGAUUUUGUUUCUUUUAAUUUGCCUGGUAUGUUAUUCUAUUAUUCUAAGCAAUAAAUUGGUUUUGUGUGUGUCAAAACCAAUGCCUAGGAGAUAUUUGGCUGGCACCUUGGGCUGCUUGUUUGAAUCUCAUGCUUAGAAAUAGAAUGCUGUAGGCUUUUAGUGGAAUGAGGUGAUAUAAACCGACAGGCUUAUAUGGUUUCAUAAGCCACUUUGAAAAGUAGGGUUUCUAUAGACAAAUAGACCCCAAAAUUUGUGCACAUGUAGAUCCCAUCUUGGCUGUCAAAAUAUAGGAGGAAUUGAAUUUGCACGAAGCAAGGGGAGAAAAGAGGUUAAUGGUGAAUCUAGGUGUUCAAGAGCUCUAAAUCAAAUUCUGUUAAUUUUGUUGAGUUCACACUCUUUCAGCCCCAAAAAAAGAAAAAAUUUCCCUCUAGCUAUUUCCAGACAUGUGUCCAUAUAAGUAGAACAUGUACAUGUCUAUAUGCUUACAUAUAACUGAAAGAUUAUAAAUACAUCACCGUAUCAGUUUUUUAUUUGGGAUUUUCAGUUUUGUAAUGCUCGUAUGUUGUUGAUGCAGUGUCAUGGGUACCAUUCAAUUGAGUAAUUUUGUGUUUAUAGUUGAUUUAUUGCAGUAAUGAAUGGGUGGUCUACUAUUCGUUGAUAUUGAUGACUAAAGGUUUUGUGUAUGUGGAAUUUUUCUUCUCUCAUUGAUACUUAAAUCUUUGGAAAUAGUCCACUGGAUUCAAUUUUGUUGAUGUAUUAUGUGAAUUUUGAGUUUAUGGUGUAUGAGUUGGAUCCAUUUUUACUUAAA